GCGCGCCGGGCGUUGUCAGCGGCGUGAGCGGCGGCCGCGGCUCCCCCAGCUGUGCCGGCAGCUGGAUCCGGGGAGGGGGCGCGCGCACAUGGCGACCCAGGCGCACUCGCUUAGCUACGGGGGCUGCAACUUCUUCCGCCAGCGACUCGUCUUGUCCACCCUGAGCGGGCGCCCCGUGAAGAUCCGCAAGAUCCGGGCCAAAGACGAGAACCCCGGCCUCCGAGAUUUUGAAGCCAGUUUUGUACGGCUUUUAGAUAAAAUAACAAAUGGCUCUCGAAUUGAAAUAAAUCAAACAGGAACUACCUUAUAUUACCAGCCUGGGCUCCUGUAUGGUGGAUCAGUGGAACAUGACUGCAGUGCCCAUCGGAGUAUUGGGUAUUACCUGGAGAGUCUCCUUUGCCUGGCCCCCUUUAUGAAGCACCCACUAAAAGCAGUUCUCCGAGGCAUAACUAAUGACCAGAUCGACCCUUCAGUGGAUGUUCUGAAGGCAACAGCUCUUCCUUUAUUGAAACAAUUUGGAAUUGAUGGCGACUCGUUCGAGCUUAAGAUUGUCCGACGAGGAAUGCCCCCAGGAGGAGGAGGGGAAGUUUUCUUUUCCUGUCCUGUGAGGAAACUGUUGAAACCCAUUCAGCUCACAGACCCUGGCAAAAUCAAACGUAUCCGAGGAAUGGCUUACUCUGUACGAGUGUCGCCUCAGAUUGCCAAUCGCAUCGUGGAGUCUUCUCGGAGCAUCCUUAACAAAUUCAUUCCCGAUAUUUAUAUUUACACAGACCACAUGAAAGGGAUCAAUUCUGGAAAAUCUCCGGGCUUUGGGCUCUCGCUGGUUGCUGAGACCACCAAUGGUACCUUCCUCAGUGCAGAAUUGGCCUCGAACCCCCAGGGUCAGGGAACAGCAGUGCUCCCGGAAGACCUUGGCAGGAACUGUGCAAAGCUGUUGCUGGAAGAGAUUUAUAGAGGGGGUUGUGUGGACUCCACCAACCAGAGUUUAGUUCUGCUCCUCAUGACCCUUGGACAGCAGGAUGUUUCCAAAGUCCUGCUAGGACCGCUGUCUCCCUACACAAUAGAAUUUUUGCGGCAUUUGAAGAGUUUCUUCCAAAUCAUGUUCAAAAUUGAAACUAAGCCAUGUGGUGAAGAGCUUAAGGGAGGGGAGAAGGUACUGAUGACAUGUGUGGGAGUUGGCUUCUCAAACCUCAGCAAGACCAUCAAGUAACAUAACUUCCACCUUCAAGUCAGACCAGACCAGACUGAAAAGUGAAGAUUCUCGAAGACUACCAAAUCUCCAUUUAGAACAGGGCAGCCACAAAUAUUAAGGACUUUUUUUUCUUUUUUCUUUUUUAUAGGACAUUAAAAAUAAAAGACAUUUAAAUAACAGUUCCUACCCGUUUCCCCCUCUUAGAGAUAAGCCCUGCAUCCAGGUUGGUUUAAGAAGAAAUUUCCCUCAGAAAUAUGGGGAGAGAGUGUGAAGCUGAGUGUGUUGGGUGGCUGUCCUGUUUGAACUGUAUUUCACCAGAGUUGUCUCAGCCUGGAGACUUCUAGCCUCUAGACUUCUCCUCUUAAAGCACUAAGCUAUAGACUUUCAUUUUGCUCUUCUGCCAUUGCAUGGGCCACCAUCUUGGUCCCAGAUACUUGCACUCCAUCUUGUUCUGCCCAAGCAAGAGACUGGAUGAUGUUUCACAAACUCCCCUAAUUGGAGGGGACCUAGUCAUCUGGUCCAUUAGCUACAAAGCAGAAUGAGAAUCUUAUCAGCCCACUCAACAAGAAGCCAUUCAGCCCCUGUGCAACCAACAUGAGGGCCAUGCACCCGGACAACUGUGGGAGCAAAUCAUUUAACUGAAUUGAACCUUAAUUUUACCUUUAAAACGUAGAGGUUGGACUAGGCAAUAAUGGGAUCCAAUUUUUGAACUGUGACCUUUGGACCUCUACGGUGCCUUCCUACUCUGGGAUUCUGUAUCUCUAGUCAGCCAACUUCUCUACAUUGGUGUGAGGAGAGCCAUGGAGGCUGAGUCCAGGGACAGCAUGAAUAUGUAGAUGGCUUUCCUUGCCUGGAACGUCCUUACAUUCCUCUGGGCCUAGGUUUAUGAUUCUCGUAACUAAGAGCUCGGUUUUCCUGCUAGACAGGAUGGAGAGAAAAUUUAGAAAUCUCUUUCCCAGGAUAUCCAUCAUUAUCUCUGUACUGAAUCACGGGGACCAUUUCUAUUUAUAGGCUUCAAAAGGACCAGGAGACAAGAAGAGCAUUAGGUCAUGAACCCUUUCCUUUAAAAAAUGUUUCAUUGAUACUUUCUGGUUUGUUUAGUGUUUUUUUUUUUUUCCCCUGAGAAAAUUGGGAUUAAGUGACUUGCCCAGGUUCACACAGCCAGGCAGUGUUAAGUGUCUGAGGCUAGAUUUGAACUCACAUCCUCCUGACUUCAGGGCUCUGAACACUGCACCAAUUUGCUGCCCUUUGUUUUUUUAAAUGUCAUUGUCACUGGCUACUGCUCUUCCUCCUUUUCACAAAAUCCUCCCUUGGAACAAAGAAGUUAAGCAAAAAAAAAUCAUUAACAUUAAUUCUGUAUGGUGCAUUCAUUCCACAUUAGUAGCCCACCAUUUCAUUGUAUCGUCAUAAUCUUUCCACAGAUUGCAAAGGCGGGGACCAGUCAUAGAGCACUAACUCCAAUAAAUCAUAUUUGUGAUGCUAAAAAAGAAA